AUGGAAGCUAGUGAAGCAUUACUAAGUAAAGCCCUUAAAAUAGGAUGCACAGUUACUCUGUGUUAUAAGGAUGAUGAUGGAAAAAACUACUUUGCUUGUUGUGAAGGUUUUACAUCUAUGAAACUGAGAUUACUACCGGCAUCUAAGAUAAAAGAAUAGGGACGAUUAAAUUAAUGUCUAUUUAAAGUUGUGCCUCCAUUUUAAUUUGUGGAAUAUAAUAAGGGCAAGGAGGCAUUCCAUUAGAAAGAGACUUUGAACCAAGUUACUAAUGUUGAUUAAAGAGGUAAGGAAGUUACCAUUAUGAAAUAGACUCUAGACUCGAAUUUCCAAAGCAAAUUAAGCUUAUGUAGGAUGAAUCAUUGUUGAACAAGGAAUCUCUUGGGAAGAUGAAAGAACAAUCCAUAUUUUUUGGCUAAACAAUUUAAUUUAUUCAUUAAGCAAGCAACAAAUACUUAAGUUAUUUAUAAGAUUAAGGAAGUGAUUAUGAAAGUGAUAGUUGGAAAGCUACAUUGAAAAAAGAACAUGGAGAGGAUACUUAAUUCAAAUUUUAGGCUUCAUUCUCAUUUUAAUAAGAGACAGGUGGUUUAAUUUUUGAUGAAGACACUGUUUAUAUAGUGAGUGUUUUAGAUAAAAGUAUUGAGCCAGGUUUACAUGCCUCUAAUAAGAAAAAGGAUAAAGAGAAAAGAGAAUUAAAUGUUGCUCCUGAAAAGAGAUCUUUUUGGAAAAUUAAUAUAUUUUCUAAAUUUAUGAAAGAUGAAUUGGGAUAAUUAUCAGUUUUUGAUGUAAUUUGGAUAAAUUAUUCUGAAACUAAUGUAAAUUAAUCAAUUGAGUUAUUAGUUAAAUAUGAUUGUAUAAAAGUAUUCCCCAGAUGAAAAGAAGAAAUAUUUGAAAUUUGAAAAAGGCCAAGAUUCAGAAUAGAUAAAUUAAUUUAUAGGAGAUAGUAAUGGAAUGUAUGUUAUAGAGAAUAUUGAUCCAGAAAAAGGAGAUUUUUUAAAUGGUGGUUAUGUUGAAUGGGUAAAAGAAUAUAGACUUAAACAUUUAACAUCAAAUUAUUAUUUAAAAUUAGAAGAAUUUGCUGAAAAUUAAGGUUCAUUUAGAUUGGUUGCAGUUGAAAAUAUAGCUGAAUCAUCAAUUUUCAAAUUUGGAAUGAUAUAUUCUACAAUUGUAAAAAAAGAUAAUUAAGAAUUUUUAACAAAAGAUUCUUAUUUUAGAUUAUCAUCAAGAGAUUAAGAUAAUUAAUAUUGGUUAAAAAUAGAUACUGUAGGUCCAAAUGAUAUUUAUAAAAUAGAGGGUGAUAAUUUUAUAGAAGAUAUAACAAUACCUAUUUUUGAUUAAGAUAAAAAGGAUGAACAUGUAUUUAAUUUAGCUUGUGCAUCUUUAAAUGAAGUUAGAUUUAUUAAGUAUUUAUUAUCUUGCAUGAAAAUCUUAAAAAGAAGUAAAGAAUAUUUGGAUGUUGAUUUAAAUAAUACUAAUUUUUUUAAAGAAUCAUAAUUUCAAGAUAUUUACAAAAAGUUGGUAGUAAGAUCAUAACAUUUAGAACAAGUAUUAGAUGAUUUAUAUUUACUUUGUCAUAAUAAAUUAGAAGGUUUUGUAUCUUUUGAUGCAGAAUUUGGAUUUCCACAUUAACAUACAUAAAAUCUUCUUAAAGAAUAAUAUUUCUUUGAAAUUUUAAUUUAAAUUUUAGUGAUUUGUUUCCCAACAUAAGAAAGUUUACAAAAGGCAGAUGAACCAGUUGAAUUAGUUUAAGUGACUAAAUUAUUAUCAGAAGAAUAAUAAGUAGAUUAAAAUCUUGAAAAAUAAAUUAUAGCUAGAUUUGUUGAGAAAAAAAAGAGUAUAUGCACUAAGAUCUUUAAAUUAUUACAAGCUAUGGUAGUUGAUAAUAUAUCAAAUUAAGAAUAUUGUUCUAAAUAUUUACCUAUUUUAUCUAUGCAAGCUAUGUAUUUAAAUGGAGCUAUUAGUACUAUUAUUGCAAUUAUUCAUAAUUUUGAAGAACUUUUAUUGAAUCUAAAUAAAGAUGAUAAUCCACUUGAUAUGCCUUAAUAAAUUUUAAAGGCUGCCUCUAUUAAAACUCCAUUAACUAAUUAAAAUAAAUAAAAGAAAAGAAGAAGAAAUGAAAUUAAUAAACCAAUUAUUGAUUAUAAUACUUAAUAUAAAAUCAUAUGUAAAUAGAUAAAAGAUUCAAAUCAUAAUUAAAUCUAAACAUGGGAUUUACUUAUGUUUUUUACUACCAUGCUCAAGAGUAAUAAUUUUAAAUUUAACAAAAAGAUUGAAAUAAUGUAUUUCUUAAAAGAAUCAGUUUGUUUUGAAGAAAAAGGUAUCAAUAUUAAUUAGGAAUCGGCUUAUAAAUAUAUACUUUCAUCAUAAAGAGUAUUUGAAGAUGAAAUACUUAUAAGAUUAAAAAGUGAUGGACCUUAAUUGAAGGUUUAUAGAGGGGAUUAAGAAAGUACUCUACUUGAUUAUUAUCAUAAAUACUCAAAUAAUAAUGAUCCAAGAUUAUUGAAUUUUAUUCCUUAUGUAUAAGAAUUGAUGAGAAUGUAUUCAAGAAUGUGUAAUUCAAGAAAUUAUACAUGGAAAAAAUUUGCUGAAAAUUUCUUUAAUGUUGAAAGUUUAAUUGAAAAUAUUUAAAACAAUCAAUAUAAUGUUGAAAUUCGUUCAAUUAUUUGUAGUCUCUUAAAUAAAUUAUAUGUUGAUUAAGAACCAAGAAGAAUAAUAAUAUGGCCAGAACUUUGUAAAAUUGUUAGAACUAAUAGAAAAUAAAAUAAAAAUGAUAUUAAUAAUACUAUGCUUUCAGAAGGUAAAUAAUAAAAUAAAAUUACUAAAACUGAUCCAGUUGAUAUUCCUAAAGUAUAAGAAAAGAUAAAUGGAUAUCUUGCUGAUUAAUUAAUUUUUGUAUAAAAUUAAUCAGAUCUUGUGGAAUUAAGUAAAGGACCUACAGAAAGACAUGAAAUGUUAGAUAUUGUAUUUAAAAAUGCACCUGAAAUAUAUAAUUAACUAACUUUAGAAGUUAUUAAGUUAUUUAAAUUAUUAAUAUAAUUUGGAAAAUAUUCAAUUGUUAUUGAAGAAGAUGAAGAAAAAACAAUUAGAAAAAAUUAAUAGUUGUUUUCUAAUAUUAGAGCAUUAACUGCUAUUUUAGAAUAUAAUUCAACAUAUCCAGAAGUUAGAAAGAUUUUAUCAAUUAAAAGAAAAGAAGAGGAAAAUUAAAAGAAUAGCACAAAUCUUUUUGGUUUUGGAGACAAAAAUAAAAAGAAAUAAGAUGAAUAAGGUUAAGUAAAAUAAUAGUAUUCAGGUGAAGAUGAUGCAGAAGAUUUAUCAGAAGCAGAAAACUUUUAAAAAUAAGUUGAAUUUUUAUCAUUAAGAAUGAAUUAAUUCAUGUAUUAACAAUAAUUACCUAAUGAUCCUUUAAUUAAAUUAGAAGUAUGUGAAAUAUUAGAUCUAUAUCUUGAUAGUAAAAUGGAUUUUUAUCUUAAUAAUUUGAAAUUAUAAUUCUCAUAAUGGGUAGAUAAAUUAAAUCUAUUUAAUGAAGUACUUAAUAGUAAUUUAGAUAUUGAUAAUCCAUAACAUAAAGAAAAAAUUCAAUAAUAAUUUAGAGACACCAUCAAAAAAAAUCUUGAUAAUAUGUUACCAGCAAUUAUGAAAACUGGAACUAAAGUUGAUGAUGAAAUUUUUAAAAAAAAAGAUGAUAAUCAAAUCUUUGGACUUAUGAAUAUUGCUAAUAUUGCAAAUAUUGCAAAUAAGUUAGUAAAUACAGAUGAUAAUUAAUCAAAAGUAAAAUCAUUAGAUGCUAUAGAAUUAAGUAAUAUCAUUUAGUUUUCAAUAUUCCCAUCAUUGAUAUCUAUUUUUUGUUUAAAUUAGAGUCUUGAUUUAGAAACUAAGAUACUUCAUAUUUUAACUAGAUUUUAUAAUUAAAGACAUGAAUUUGCUUAUUUAUCAUCUAAAUUGUUAUUAUUGUUUGAUGAUACUAAUAUUACAAUAUUUAAAAAAUCAAAAAAGAAAAUAUUAGUAUUGGCUAAAUGUGUAGAUGAAUCAGAAACAUGGGUUUAAAAUUUAGAUGAACCAUAAAAUUUAAAAACCUUAGAAUUAGUAUAAUAACAUUUUGAAUUUUUCACUUAAUUACUAUUCAAAGGUUCUUACUUAAAUGAAGCUUAAGAAUUAGAAAAAGGACAUGAAGGAUAAGUUGAUAGUAUUAGAUAAGAUAUGAUGAGACAUUUAAAAGUUGAUAAAUUAGGUGUUGAUUUAAUUAAAGAUAGUGUUUUUAUGGUUGAAUAAGAAGAUAUUGAUCUUGAAUUAUAAUAAAAAUUGAAGAAGAUGUUUUAAGUUUGUUUAACAUUCUUAAAAUACUUUUGUAUGAAUAAUCUAACCAAUUAAAAUGUUAUGUCUUAACAUAUAGUUGCUUUAAUAUCUAAAUUGAAUACAGAUUUAGGUUAAGUUGAAUUACUCUGUGAAAUAUUUAGAGAUAAUAAAACAGUAUGUUAUGAGAGAUCUUAAGAGGUUAUUGAUGAUUUUGUUAGAUUAAUUAUAACUAAUGGUAGAAGAGUUAGAUAUUUAGAAUUCUUUUUAGUAAUAAUGUAAAUUAAAACUGAAUACAUAUCAUAAAAUUAAAAAGCUGUUUUAAAUUUAUUUAUUGAUCCUAGAUACAAAACUUAAUUAUUUUAUAUGUUACCUAAGGCAGAAGCUGAUGAACAUCCAAUAUUUGAUUUUGAAACAAAACAUAAUGAAAAUUCAAAUUACAAAGAUGAACCAUAUGAUUAUCAUACUAAAUUUAUUGAAGUUUGUGCUUAAUGUACAAUAGGUAAAGAAGGAUUAUUGAGUUCAGAAAAUAAAUUGAAAGCAUAAAUUACUUUUAAAUAUGUUAUGGAAUUAUUAUUAGAGAAAGAUGAAUUUUCUGAAUUUAUUGAUCCACCUAGUGGUUUAGAAUCUGAAUAAUAAUUUAUGGAAAUUCCAACUCAUAAAUAAAGAUCAUAAUUGUAAAGUGGAAUCAGUAUAAUACCAUUAAAUUAGGCUAAAGUGGAAGGAAUAACUAAAAUGAAACCAUCCUUAUUAGAUUUAUUAUUUUAUACAUAUUUAGAAUCAGAAAAGAUAUCAGAAGAAGUAUUUUCAUGUUUUGACAUGAUUAUAUAAUUCAUUGCAAAUGAGAAAGAUAGAAUUAUGAGAUGUAAAAAUUUCAUCCCUUAAUUUUAUGAUUAUUUUUUUAGUAAUUUUAUGUUAGUAUUAAAUGGAUUGGUUAAAGUAUUGAAUAGAGAAUUAGGAUCUUAGGCAUUAGUGUAAGGAUCUAAAUUAUAAAAAUAAUCAACUGAAUUUUAUAGGGAACUUGAAGAUUUAAGAAAUUUCUUAACAGAUUCAUUUACUUCUAGACUUUAAUUGAGUAAUCGUUAAAAGACUUUAUUAUAAUAUUUUAAAGAUAAUAUUAUUAUGAAGGAAGAAUUGAAUAAAUAAAAUUAAGAUGAUUAGAGAUAUUAAUAAGAAAAAGAAAGAUAAAAAAAUAGAUCUAGAUAAGCUUCAUAAUAUAAGACUCCAAAAAGAUUAUAAACAAUAUAAACAUCAAAAAGAGAAUUAAGUACAGAUUAAAUUUGGAAAGAAUUAUGGGAUAUAUUUUUAACUGAAUUUUUAGAUAGUGAAUAAUUAAUUGAAGCUAUUAAUAAAGAAUAAAUGGCUUUUGCAUAAGCAAUUUCAAAAGUUGAAGAGAUAUUUAUUAAAGAUAAAAUAGUUCAUUAAUAAAUUAAUAAAUAAAUCAUUUUUAAAAGAUUGAUUGCAUUUUUAGAGAAAUCUUCUGCUUCAGCUGAUAAUAUUACAACAUUUAAAUUAAUAUUGAAUGUAUUAAGAAAUUUUAUUCAUAUUGAAGAUGAAUCAGAAUUCACUCCUGAUAUGGAUGAAGAAGAAAAAAAGAAUAUUGUAUAAAGACAAAAAAAAGAUAAUCAGAAUUUUUUAAAUAGUAAUAAUGCUAUGCAAAUGACAUUAACUUUACUAAGUGAUAUUUCAGAUCCUAUCAAUUCUUAAAAGAUUUUUAGUGAAUUAAUAUAAUUUGCUAUUGAUCUACUUGAUGGAGGAAAUUAAGAUAUUUAAAGAUCUAUAUGGAAUUAUUUUUAAAAUUUUACUGAAAGUGAAACUAUAUUUUUAAGAUUACAUAAUGAAUUUUAAAAAGCUAUUAAAAAUAUGAAAAAAAAUGAUGAAAUGUAAUAAUAAUUUGGGUUCUAAAAAUAACCAGAUUUAAUAAAUUAAAUUUUAAGAUUACUUUAAUUAUUUGCAGAAGGACAUUAUCGUGAAUUAUAAGAAUAUAUGUACUUCCAAAAAUUUAAUCAUCAUUCACAUAAUCUUAUUUAAGAUUUUAUAGAUUUGCUAUAAUCUUAUAUGAAUGCUGUGGAGCCUGAAUAUUUUGAAAAUAUGGUUCAAAACUUUGAUACAAUAACUGAAUAUAUUUAAGGUCCUUGUAGAACUAAUUAGAAAGCACUUAUUGAGGCUAAUUUCUUAGAUUUAGCCAAUAAAUUAUAUGAGAUAGAUGAAAUAGCUUUAGAAAUAUAAGAUGAAAUUAUUGAAGAUGAAGAAUUUCUUGAUGAAGAUAAUCAAGAAUUAUUCACAAUAUAAAAACAUUUACCCAGAUGGAUGAUUGCUUUUCUUAAAUAUAAAUGUUCUAUUACUUUAAUAUCUUUAUUAGAAGAUAGAGAAGGUGAUGAAAUUAUUUAAAGAAUUCAAAAAUCUUUAAGUAAUGAAAACUUAAAAUAAAACAUCAAUAAUAUUUUCUAUAUGUUUUAAAUAUAUUCAAAUGAGAUUUAUGACCUUAAAGUAUUUGGUCAUUUUGUAAAUAGUUAACCAAAAACUUAAGAAGAAAGAACUAAUUGUAGUUUUAUAAUAGAAACUGGAUUUAAUUUAUUUUUCAUUUACUAAAUACAUUAAAAAACAAAGAACAAAACUGUAUAAUAGAGUAAAAAUGAAGAAGAAGAAACAGAUGAUGUAACAUAAUAACUAUUAAACAGUCCAUUCUAUAAAUUAUUUUUACUAGUAUAGAAUUUAGCUAAAAGUUUGAAAGAUAGUGUAUUACAAGUUGCAUAAAUCUAUAAAAAAACUGAAAAAUAAACUCCAAAAGAAAGGAUGUUAAAGUUAUAAUAAGCUAGAUAAUAAUUAUUUCCAAAAGCAUAUAAAUUCUUUUUAUCAAAAACUGCUAAAAUAGAAAUAAUGUUGGAAAGCAAAAAUGUUGAGGAAACUUAUUUUUAUAUUCCUCCUUAUUGUUAACUUGAUGAUGAUGUAAAAAGAAAUUUUAAUGAAACAGCUAAUAGGAAUUCAAAUAAAGCAAAAGUUACAUCUUUAGUUGAAAGUUCAGAAGAAAUAAUAAAAACUAUGAAAUUAAAUUACAAAAUUUAAGUUUAUUUAAAUUAAAUUAAAACACUUCAAGUAAUUAUAGAGAAUAUAGAUUUACUAAGAGACAUAGAAUUUAUUAUUGCAUUAUUGAUAAAUGUGUUUAUAUUCCUAUUUUAUAAGAAAAAGUAUGUUGGAAUUGAAGUAAAUCCAGAUCUUACAGAAACAGAGAUUUGGUUAGAUGAUGAUAGUUUUGAAUAUUAGAGUCUUAUUGAUUCAUUAGGGAUUUUAUCAAUUGUACUUUCAAUUUUGAUUGUAGCAUUCUUUUUAAGCAGAAAUGCUCCAUUAUUAUUAGAGAAGGCUUGGAGUGGUGUUGGAUAAGAGAAAUUAAAUCCUAUUGCUUAUUUAAUAAGACUACUUAAAACAGUAUAUUAUUUAUUAUCUGAUUUCUUUGCUUUAUAUUAUAUAAUGUAUGGCACAGCAGCAGUAUUAGGUAGAUUUGUUCAUAACUUUUUCUUUUCCUUUCACUUAUUUGAAGUCAUGAUAAGAUUUCCAUUAUUAUUAAAUGUUGUAAAAUCAGUAUGGAAUCCAAGGAAAAUGAUUUUAUAUACAGGACUCUUAUUAUUGAUUUUCAUGUUUGUAUUUACAGUCUUUUCAUACAGAAUAUUUUAUGAAAGUUAUGAUGCUGGAUUUUGUGAUUCAAUGUGGAUAUGCUUUUUGUCAACAUUAGAUUCUGCUUUCAAAUAUGAUCAAGGUAUUGGUGGUUUCCUUAAAAACCCAUAUGAAGUUUAUGCUGAUGAUGAAGUCAAAUUAGUAUUGAGAUUCAUUUUUGAUAAUUUCUUUAACAUUUUAGUUAUUAUAGUAAUGUUAAAUAUUGUAGCUGGUAUUAUAAUUGAUACUUUUGGUGAAUUAAGAGAAGAAUUACAAGAAUAUAAUCAAGAUUUGGAGAAUUUAUGUUUCAUUUGUGGAUAUGAUAAAGAAACAAUAGAAAAGGAAUCAAUCAAUUUACAAAACUUUUCUGAUCAUAUUAAAAAAGAACAUUAUUAAUGGUAUUAUCUAUUUUAUAUUGCUUACUUGAGAGAAAAAGAUCCAACUGAGUAUACAGGAAUUGAAAGUUAUGUUGCUGAUAAAUUGGAUGCUGUUGAUAUAACAUGGUUCCCAUUAAAUAAGUAUAUUUUAUUAAUUAAAUAUUAGAGCAUUAUGUUUGAAAAAGGACUUUGGAAAUGAAGAAGAGAAAAACAUUGUUACCUCACUUGAAGCUAUCAAAGAAAAUGCAUAAGAACUAAAAAAUAUUUUAGUUGAAAUCUAAACAGAAAUAGAAGAGGAAGAUUGA